AUGGCCCGGGCCCGCGGCCAGGCUCCGGGGAGCGGCGGGCGGCGGCGGCCGCGGCGGGGCGGCGCGGGAACCGGGCCCAGGGGAGAGUCGGCGGGGCUGCUGCUACUGCUGCUCCAGGUGCUGCCGCCCGGGGCUGCGGCAGGGCCGGGGCGCCGGAGCACGCGGGGCGCCGGCGGCGGAGGCGUCUGCUGGCCCGGCGCUGCCCCUGCCUUUCCUCGGGACGCACGGCUGCUGCUGCUCCUGCCGCCGCUACCGCCGCAGUCGCCGCCGCCGCCGCCGCCGCCGCCGCCGAGCUCCGCGCCCGCAGCCUCCUCCUCCUGGAUGGACGCUCUGCCCCGCGGCGGGCUGAACCUGAAGGAGGAGCCGCUGCUGCCCGCCGGCCUGGGCUCGGUGCGCUCCUGGAUGCAGGGCGCGGGCAUCCUGGACGCCAGCACCGCGGCGCAGAGUGGCGUGGGCCUGGCACGAGCACAUUUUGAGAAGCAGCCCCCCUCCAACCUCAGGAAAUCCAACUUCUUCCACUUCGUGCUGGCCAUGUAUGACCGGCAGGGGCAGCCGGUGGAGGUGGAGCGUACAGCUUUCAUCGACUUUGUGGAGAAGGACCGAGAGCCCGGGGCUGAAAAGACAAACAACGGGAUCCAUUAUCGCCUCCGGCUGGUAUAUAACAACGGACUUCGGACAGAACAGGACCUCUAUGUGCGUCUCAUCGACUCCGUGUCCAAGCAGGCCAUCAUCUACGAGGGGCAGGACAAGAACCCCGAAAUGUGCCGCGUGCUACUCACCCACGAGAUCAUGUGCAGCCGGUGCUGUGACCGGAAGAGCUGUGGCAACCGGAAUGAGACACCCUCAGACCCCGUCAUCAUUGACAGGUUCUUCCUCAAGUUCUUCCUCAAAUGCAACCAGAACUGCCUAAAGAACGCGGGGAAUCCCCGAGACAUGCGCCGCUUCCAGGUGGUGGUAUCCACAACGGUGAGCGUGGAUGGACACGUGCUGGCCGUGUCCGACAACAUGUUUGUGCACAACAACUCCAAGCAUGGCCGCAGGGCGCGCCGCCUGGACCCCUCUGAAGCUGCCACCCCCUGCAUCAAGGCCAUCAGUCCUGGGGAGGGCUGGACCACGGGCGGCGCCACCGUCAUUGUCAUCGGCGACAACUUCUUCGACGGGUUGCAGGUCGUGUUUGGGAACGUGCUCGUGUGGAGUGAGCUCAUCACGCCCCACGCCAUACGGGUGCAGACGCCCCCACGGCACAUCCCUGGGGUGGUGGAGGUGACCCUGUCCUACAAGUCCAAGCAAUUUUGCAAGGGAGCCCCCGGCCGCUUUGUCUACACAGCCCUGAAUGAGCCCACCAUUGACUACGGAUUCCAGAGGCUGCAGAAAGUCAUUCCCAGACACCCCGGAGACCCCGAGAGGCUGCCCAAGGAAGUGCUGCUGAAGCGGGCGGCCGACUUGGCGGAGGCCCUGUACGGAGUGCCCGGCGGCAACCAGGAGCUCCUCCUGAAGCGCGCAGCAGACGUGGCCGAGGCUCUGUACAGCGCCCCCCGCGCGCCCGCGCCGCUCGGGCCCCUGGCCCCCAGCCACCCGCACCCCGCCGUCGUGGGCAUCAACGCCUUCAGCAGCCCGCUGGCCAUUGCCGUCGGGGACGCCACGCCAGGGCCGGAGCCGGGCUACGCGCGCAGCUGCGGCAGUGCGUCCCCCCGCGGGUUCGCGCCCAGCCCGGGCUCGCAGCAGAGUGGCUACGGCGGCGGCCUCGGAGCUGGCCUCGGCGGCUACGGGGCGCCGGGCGUGGCCGGCCUCGGUGUGCCCGCGUCCCCCAGCUUCCUCAAUGGCUCCACGGCCACAUCGCCCUUCGCCAUCAUGCCCUCUAGCCCCCCGCUGGCCACUGCCUCCUCUAUGUCCCUCCCGGCGGCUGCCCCCACCACCAGCGUCUUCUCCUUCUCGCCUGUCAACAUGAUCUCCGCUGUCAAACAGAGGAGUGCUUUCGCCCCCGUGCUGCGCCCACCCAGCUCCCCACCCCAGGCCUGCCCCAGAGCCCAUGGAGAGGGGCUUCCAGACCAGCCUUUUGAAGAUUCUGACAAGUUCCACUCUCCAGCUCGGGGGCUUCAGGGCCUGGCGUACUCCUAAUUAUGGUAGGUCUCUGGCUGAGUCUUGCUUCCCUUCCUGACCUUGGAUGGGCUCUCUCCAAAAGACUUUAGCAGGGAUGGGGAGUUGGGGUCCAUGUCUCCCUCUCCAGGGCCCAUCUAGACAGCUGUCUGGGCCACAUAGCCCAGCUCAGUGGCCCAGGCUGAACAAGAGGCGAGAAGUGGCUUCCUGUCCCCUUGCAGCCAGCCUUCCUACAGGACCUUCGUCUUUUCCUCUCCCCACCAGGUCUACAGGUGUUGUCCCCACUGAGCCCGGACUAGUGGUCCCUCCAGGAUUCACGCCCAUGCCCUGGAUGGCAGCACAGACAGAUGCAGGGCCAGGGCUGCAGGCAGACUUCAACCCACAGGCCUGAACAGGGAGAGGCCUUCCUCCCUGUGCUCAAGGGCCCCUCAGUCCCACAGGCUUCUCUCACCUCCCUUGAGGCUGGUUGGAAGCCCCAGCACUGUGCUGAUGCUCUUGUUAGGAGAGCAUCCCGUGGAGGUGCUGGAUGCCCGACCUCACUUGCUGGGUCGGUUCCUCUGGAAGAGAUGGACCUUUUGCAGACCAAGGGCAUCUGGUGACAGGAGCAUGGGAUGGGGAGUAUGAUAAGGAGCUCAGGGAGAGGUGGCCUGGGGAGGUCCUGUUUGCGUCUGACCCAUCUCAACCAUCCCGGUGUCCCAACUACUCUCCAGGACAAGGGGUGGUGCCCAGCAGCCUCAGGAGGCCUGCCUAGGCUCCCAUGGAGCUUCUGACAGCCACUUGAUUCUGUGGCUGCCCCACUUCCUUUGAGUCCUGAGCACUCACGCUUGCCACAUCAUGAAUCCCGGUGGGGGCUUUGGGCAUGAAGGGUGCAGAAGAGGAGGUGCCAGGCCCCCUGGUUGUGGAUCUCGCCCUCAAUGGAUGUCUCAUGGACUCUGGCCCCACACACAGAUGACUCUGGCUGGCCCCAUAGAACCAUGGAACGAGUCCAGCUGCCCCUGGUCUCAUACUCUGCUCUGCUGAGGUUGGAGAAAACA